AUAGCAACGAUCAACGGCCAUAAUCUCUUAAUCCGUGCAAGUGGGACCCUGCCCCCGAGGGAGAGUCGCUGCUCGCAUGAAACGAACUGCAAAGCGAGCCUUGGACUUUUUCCGAUCAAGCAUGGCCGCCGCCGUCGUUCUUGUGGUGUUGAUGAGCAGUCUUUGCUGCUGUUGGUGUUCCAUUUGCAGGGCGGCGGCGAGCGCUGAGGGAUUCGGCGUUCGCGAUGCGCGCCCGCAUUUCGAUGGCGGGGUAAUUUCCCCGCGCGCGGGGAUGGCCGAUCCCGCCAAAACCGUCGAGGGCCAAUUUCCCGCCUUCGCAGUGAACGGGGGCGAAGGCGGGAAUUUUCCCGCCCAAAACGCGUGGGAUGGAGAUUUGGCCAAAUACGGUACGACGUCGCCGACCUCCCGCCGGCGUCGGCGCCAUGAAUCGGCCGCCGCCGCCGCCGGCAUAGCCAGCGGCAGCGGCAUCGGCGGGAGGAAUUUGCUCCAGGCGCCGUCGACGACUGACCCCAAAAUGGGAUCCAUGCCGAUCACACCGAACACGCGCGUGCCGGUUCAAACCGUUUUUGGCGCCAUCGCCCAACGGUACUAUUUUGAAGUGCCUGAAAAUGCGACCUCUGUUCUGACCAUAGAAGCGCGAAGUAACCAGGGAGGCUGCGGGCUGUAUGUGUUUGGCCCCGCGCAAAGUACACCAAAAAGUGCGCCAAAUGCGCAAGGAUUCGCCUGGCCGGGAAAGGUCAGCUACACGUGGAAAAGCGAUGACCCAGCGAGCAACUUCGAGAUGGUUUAUGUUAACUACACGGACACAGUCAAAGGAGUAUACACAGUGAGUCUGGUCGGGAGGUCGGCGAUCGAGAACCUGUGUGAGCUGUCUGUUCUUCUGGUGCCUGCGAAGACGGAGAUCAAUUCCCUCCAGAAACAGACCAUAGCCAGCUUCUUCGACACCUGCUGUCCGGCGUCGAUGCAAGGCGCAAAUGUUUGCCCGAAUGUCAUGGCUGCAGGUGGACCCGAUGACGUUAAUCCAGUGAUGAAUAAGCAGAAUUUGACUUGCGCUUUCCCAAGUGCAGAGAUCGCUAAGCUUGGCAGUUUGCAGUGGCUUGAACUGCGAAAUAAUUCGAUCUCCGGUACAGUGGACUGGGCUCUGCUGGCAAACAGCCUCCAAAAUAUCUCGCGUGUAGAUCUUGCAUACAACCAAAUUGGGGGGGUCAUUUCUUGUGACCUACAGAAACGCGCUCUUGAGCAUCUUGAUCUUGGGCAUAAUCAGUUUGAAGGACCGCUGCCAAUGUGCUUGGCGGGUGUUGCAGGGGUUGGCGUAUUCAAUGUUGGUAACAACAGGCUGAAUGGGAGUAUCCUGGAUUCCAACAAAACGACAAAAUUGGCUCCCACGUUACGUCGUUUCGUGAUUUCAUCGAACGAGAUUGAAGGGUCCUUGACACAGGACUGGGGUGCACUCAAGGACUUGAUUGUGCUGAGAGUUGACAACAAUCAACUUACCGGCGACAUCCCUGGAAAUCUUUUCCAACCUGCACUUGUUGAGCUGGAUAUCACCAAUAAUAACUUCACAGGAGUGCUCCCACGGAAUCUAUCUGCUGCUCAGAAAAUCGAGGUGCUGGCUUUGGGGCAUAACCCCUCGCUGAGAGGGAACUUACCACCGAAUAUAACCGGGGUCUCUAAUCUGUUAAGCUUGAGUUUUGAAAACACGUCAAUCUCCGGAGAGCUGCCAACGCAGUGGAGUACUCUAUGGCUGACGCAAGUCGUUGCAUACAAGACUAAGUUGACGGGACCGCUUCCGAGCUCCUUAAUUGGUUUACCGUCCCUUAAACGCGUUGAGCUGCAGGAGAAUGAGAUGUCCGGUCCUCUGCCAUUGCUCCCAACACCGCAAUUGCCAAGAUUCAAUGGGAUUUUAUACCUGAACCUUUCUCAAAAUAGCUUCUCAGGCACUUUUCCUGAGAGCUGGAGUGACCUGCCUUUGUUCGAUCCUCAGCGGAACCCGCUUAGGUUGGGGGAUUCUAUCUACCCAUACGUGCUGGAUGUUAGUUUCAAUCAGCUGAGCGGCCCUAUUCCACAGUUCCUCUACCCGGAAAGUACUCCAAGCUGGACGUCAUUGUUUCUCCAAGGGAACAAUUUCACCUGCGAGGAAGUCGUUUACGAUACCAAGUCAAAAGUCGUCGGAGGAGUUGCAUGUCAAGAGCAACAAGCUCUGCGUCCGUCAGAUUUUGCUCGUUUGCGUGUAAGUCGCGCUUUGGUUGUGGGUGUUGUUAUUGCUGGGCUAGCUGUUGCCGUCUUCAUUGUUGUCCUUGCCGUGUUGUUGGUUAGGCGCAGGAGGCGAACAACUGUCAGCUACGGGCGAUUCAGCAAUCUAUGAUUUCCACAUCAAGGAGCACUAGUGAAUGGAGGUGGGUUAUCAAAGGCUAACAAAAAGAAAAGAAAAGAAAAGAAGGUAUGUGAAAGGGGAAGUGACUGGAAGCCUGUGGAUGAGUUAGGCUUUUGCUGAGAGUCGGUUUUGCAACGACGGACUUGAUGGAGAUAGAGAUAGCAUGUUGCUGAAGAAGUAACUGAAGCCUAGUUUGUCUUUUCGGGGAAAGACGAACAGAAGGGAAAUAAGAAUGCUAGAGCGAAGGAACUAAGUCGAGUUCACCUUUGAUGGGUUACCUUGGAGCUGAGUCAAGGAAGAGACAGUGGCGAUUAUCUUCUCAUGAUAGUUCAGGAAGUAGAAUGUCAACAUUGAAUUUUUUGUGUAGCGAUGAGUAUCUCACCACACACACACACAGGUAGAUAGAUAGAUAGAUAGAUAGAUAGAUAGAUAGAUAGAUAGAUAGAUAGAUAGAUAGAUAGAUAGAUAGAUUAGAUGGAUGGAUAGAAUAGAUAGAUGAUAUAUAUAUAUAUAUAUCGUCUAACAGAGCUGCGCGGUAAACCGUAGGCAGAGGGAGAAGAGGACAACAAACAGGGGGAGAGAGAGAGAGAGAGAGAGAGAGAGAGAGAGAGAGAGAGAGAGAGAGAGAGAGAGAGAGAGAGAGAGAGNAGAGAGAGAGAGAGAGAGAGAGAGAGAGAGAGAGAGAGAGAGAGAGAGAGGGGGGGUAGGAAUGUGGUUAGCGUUGAAGACGGUGUCGUUAGAGGAAAAUACACGGAGGGAGGAGUAAGUGCAUGAGGUGGAAGAUGGUAGGAGUAGGUGGAGGGGUGAGGACGACAGUUCUUUACAUGGUUUUAUAGCACAGGGGUACGAAGAUGCCAGGAUGAAGAAUAGGAGGGGAAGGAGCAGGAGGACAUACGGGAUUCGUGCAGGAGGAGAAGGAACGGGGACAGCCAUUCUGGCUACAUUUAUUUUAUCGGAAUUUUAGUGUUCAUUUCUGUUAUUUUCCCACUACCUUUUUCUGCAGAUUCUCCUUUUUGUUGGCAAAGGAACAACAUAUAAUCUUGUAGAGAAUAUAUAAAUGCUAAAUAUGAACUUAUUAUUAAGUAGUAUUCAUAAAGUAUCGGAGUAAUGUUUUCUGAAGGAAAAGGAGGCGGAACUUCUUGAAUUGGCAUUUUAGAAGGGGGGUAAUAGUUGCCAUCGAGAAUGAAUUCGGUUGUUGUAAUAGAUAGACCUUUGUCACUGCAGUUCUUGUUUCUACUGCAGCAGAGAUUGGCAGUAUCGCUUACAACCAGCAGCAGCGGCAUUGGUGAAAGAGACGAGUUCACGGAAUAAAUGCUUCUUGUCAGGUAUGUUUUCUAAAGUUAUUUCUGUUUACUGGGUGUGUUUUUCAGGGUAUCUACUAUCUAGUCAUGGCCUAGGCCCUAGAGUACAUGGUCUUUUUGCAAGAGAUUUAUUCGACAAGUUGGACGAGUCAGGGGUGGAAGAGUAGGUUUUGGGAUUGUACCAGUCCCAAGGACAGGGAAAGUUGACAAGUAUGGGCCUUGCCGAUGCUAAGGAAAGGGCAGAUAGGCAGGGAGGCGGUCUUUUUCUUUUCCCCAGACGGAUCUGUACAGAUUGCGUAACCCAGAUUGUCCAUUACGGUCCUGUCACGUAGCUUUGGCGGGUGCUAAUCUGCACCACUCCUAAGGCACUCUGCUUGUAAGAGUGAAUGCCACGUCCUUGCUUUACUCUCUCUCUCUCUCUCUCUCUCUCUCUCUCUCUCUCUCUCUCUCUCUCUCUCUCUCUCUCUCUCUCUCUCUCUCUCUCUCUCUCUCAUGAUUGUCAUUCCUUGUGUUACCAAUCAACUCAAAACAGAUCA